AUGACUUCUCCACCAAUAAUAGAUCCACAACAAGGAUAUAAUAAUUGGAAAAAGUUAAAUCCUAAAAUACCUGACCAUGAGAAUAGUAAUGAACACCGUACAAAUAUGUUUAAAUGGGCCGAUUUCAAAAGUGAUUUAAAUAAAAAUAAUACGAUUGACUGUGCACUGCAAUUAGAAAUUAAUAAUGAAAAGGAAAAAUGGAAACAUAUUUUGAAAGUUGUGAUUGACUGUGUUAGAUUUUGUUGCGUAAACAAUUUAGCUUUGAGAGGAUCUAAUUGUGAUAUAGGAAAAUCUGGCUGUGGAAUAUUCUUAAAUUUAAUUGGUCUAAUUAGCAAUUAUGAUUCUGUUUUAUCAAUACGAAAUGAAAUCAUUCAGAGGAUAAAAAAUUCAAAAUACUUUUCUAUUAUUUUUGAUUCCACCCCGGAUGUUUCUCGUGAAGAUCAACUCUGUGAAAUUAUAAGAUAUGUUAGAGAAGUUUAUAACGAGUUUGUCAUUGAAGAAAGUUUCGUAGAUUUUAUUUAUACCAAUGAAAAGACUGGACUUGGAAUAGCUUCUGAUGUAUUACAAAAGUUGGAGAAAGAUGGACUUAGUUUUAAGAAUUGUCGUGGACAGGGCUAUGAUAACGGCGCAAACAUGGCGGGAAAAUAUCAAGGUGUACAAGCUCGAUUAAAAGAGAUUAAUGAACAUGCUCAGUUCGUCCCUUGUGCUGCACACAGCCUUAAUUUAAUCGGCGUACAUGCUGCUAGUGUAUCAGUAAAAAUGAUUUCGUUUUUCGGUAUUGUACAAAAUAUAUUUAACUAUUUUUCUGGAUCAACAAGUCGCUGGGAAGUACUAAUGCGGUGUUUGAAAAUAACAUUAAAAACGCACAGUGACACACGCUGGGCAUCUAAAUAUAAUGCAGUUCAUUCGUUGUAUUGUCAAUUUGGUGGUGUGAUAAAAGCUUUACGUGACAUAUCUACCAAUCCAAUUUUUGGCGAUGGGGUUGCUAAUGCACAAAAUCAGGCUUCAAAAAGGAUAAAUUGUUUAAAUGUUUCUUUCCAAGAAAUGAGUGAUAGUGGAAAUGAACAAAUUAAAACUGAAGCUAUUAGUAUUUGUGAUAAAGUUGGAAUAAAAUCUGAAUUAAAAAUCAAAAGGACAAUAAAAAGGAAAGUUAUGAGUGGAGAAAAUUCAUCGGGUGAAGAUAUUUCUGCAGAUCAAUUUUUAACAUUGGAAUACUACAAAGUUCUUGAUGAUAUGAUGGCUCAAAUGAAAUGGAGGUUUGAACAAUUAUCAAAUAUUGCUGAUGAUUUUCAAUUCCUUUCUGCUCAUUCACUAUCUGUUACACCAGUUGAAAAAUUGAAAAAAUAUGCAGCUGAUUUAGCUAUCAAAUACAACGAAGAUAUUGACCAGGAAAUAAUUAACGAAAUCGAAUUUUUUAAAUAUCAAGUAAAAGCAAUUUUACCAGACUUAAACGCAACUGCUUUAAAUAUUUUAAACGCAAUUAAAAAAUAUGAACUUGAUUCAACUUGUCCAAACUUAAUGGUAAGAAAUAUGCAGUGCAUAUAG